AGAAAGUGCAGGUCCGGCAGUCUUCAAACAAGAUAGCGAGCACUGAGGAUGAAAACAUGUCAAGUCCCAAGAGAAUUGCUGAUUGCCCGAUUUCCCACCCAGAUCUUUUUGAUUCAGAUCCCGUUCGCAGCUUUAUGAGCGAUUGGUAUUUUCGUGAAACAAUCGUAGAGUACGAAAACAAAUACGACAUGAGGAGGAACAAACAUACUUUUUCUGAUGAUGCCAUUGAGGAUGCAAUGCAUCGUAUCAAGAAUGAUAUUUUUUGCAGACAUAUUCUUGAAAAAAGGGAAGAUAUUGCUUUGCUGAGCUUGAGUGUACAAUUUCAACAGGAAGUUUGUGGUAGAUUGAAUAUAAAUUCGUCUUGACAAAGGAUGGCAGAUGGUUGGUUCGGUUCGAAUAUGAAUAGUGGAUGCUUGCAACUCCAGUCAGCUACUCCGUAUUUAUUAUCAUUACUAGUUUUUAAUACGCGCUUUGCGCGAUUGAAUAAAAUGUCCAAUGUACUUUUUAUUGAGAAAUAUGCAUAUUGUAUGAUGAGAUGAUAUGAUUACUUUUAGAAUUUAAAAUGUCAAUAUUUAUAUCAAC